AUGGGUUCCGCCAUAAGAUCAGAUCGUCAGCUUCUGCGUGAGCAGCUCACACCCGAUGCGCGCGGGCUGAUAGUGGCGAUGGUGGGGCUGCCAGCCAGAGGAAAGUCCUUCAUCUCGCGCAAGUUGGAGCGCUUCCUGAGAUGGAGUGGCAGCACGACCAAAACUUUUAAUGUGGGAAAGUACCGACGAGAUGCAGUGGUGCCUGAGAGGUCAGGUAGAAGCGAAUUCUUUGACAACCAGAACCCAGAUUCCGUGGCCGCAAGGGAAAAAUUGGCAAUGCUGGCUUUGGCCGAUGCCAUCAAGUUCUUGGAUGAUGGUGGGAAAUUCGCGAUCUUCGAUGCAACUAACAGCACUGUUGCAAGGCGACGAUCUAUCGCUGACCAAGUCAGGGCUCAUGGGCACUACAGCUUGAUCUGGGUCGAGGCUGUUUGCGAUGACGAUGAGGUCGUCAAGUUCAACAUGUUGACAAAGGUAAAGUACAGUCCAGACUUCAAAGACAUGUCGGCAGACCAGGCAAUGGCCGAUCUCACGGCAAGAAUCCAGACAUAUUCAGAAAUCUAUGAGACCAUUCAGGACUCGGAAGGCGCCUUCAUCAAGCUGUUCAACCUGUCGAGCAAGGUCAUGGCGAAUCACUGCUACGGCCGUGUGGCAAAGAGCAUAUUGCCAUAUUUGAUGGCAAUCCACAUCGGAUCUCGACCGAUCUGGCUCGCACGGGCAGGACCUGGCUCGACCAAAGGCCAAACAGGCAGCGACCGGGACUCCACCCUUUCAGAGGAAGGCCAACAGUUCGCUGAGCACCUCGCUGCAUUUGUGCAGAAGCGCUCCCGUCGCUACUGGGAAACGUCUGGAAACCCACAGGAGCAAACGAAGGUUUUCACGAGCACAAUGCCGCGGGCCGUCGCAUCAGCAGCUCACACCAGUGUGUUGCCCGACAAGAGAUCUGCGCUGAACCCAAUCGACAAGGGUGUUUUGGGUGCCGGUUGGUGGGAUGUUGAAUGUCCAGACGAUCUACCUCCAUGGAGGGAGGUAGAGAAACGUCACCCGGACUUCAUGGCUCAGCCUGGUGCCUAG